AUGGCACUCGAGAAACUAUCCUCCAACAAGUCCUUUGAGGGCGACUUGAUUAAGUACAAGUUUAAGUCCUCUGCCCUGGGCGACCUCGACACGCAAUUCAACCUCUUCCUUCCUGCGAAUGCGUCCAAAAGCAAGGUCCCUGUCUUGUUUUACCUCUCUGGUUUGACCUGCACGGAAGAUAACGCCGCGCAGAAGGGCAGCUUCCUCGGACCUGCCGCCCAGGAGGGCGUCGCUAUCGUCUUCCCUGACACCUCACCGCGCGGGGCAGGCAUCGAGGGGGAAACAGACGUCUGGACCUUUGGUGUCGGCGCCGGCUUCUACGUGGACGCGACGAACCCGAAGUAUGCGAAACAUUACAACAUGCUGACUCACGUCACUCUAGAGCUUCCCAAGGUCAUCCAGGAGGCCGGUCUCCCUAUCGACUUCUCAAGGCAGUCGAUCUUUGGACACUCGAUGGGAGGCCAUGGUGCGCUGACCCUCUAUCUGAACUCGUUACGCACAGGCAAAAAGCAGUACCGCUCGUGCUCGGCCUUUGCGCCUGUCUCCAACCCGAUCAACUGCCCGUGGGGUCAAAAGGCGCUCGGCGAAUUCUUGAAGGGUGGCGUCGAGGAAGCCAAAGAACAGUACGAUGCUACCGAGCUCAUCUCUCAGCUAGGUGGCAAGCCAGUGCACAUUCUGAUUGACUACGGUACCAGCGACAAGUUCUACCAGGAAGGCCAGCUUCUCCCUGAAAACUUCUUGAAGGCUGCUCGCGACGUUGGCUACGACGAAGUUCAGGUCCGCGUCAGAAGCCAGGAUGGAUAUGAUCACAGUUACUACUUCAUGUCUACCUUUGGCGCGGACCACAUCCACUUCCACGCCAACUUCUUGAAGGCAUAG